AUGAGGCCGCUGUCCUUCGAGAACUUGAGGAGGCUCGUCGGCCGCAAGAAGGACCGUAACGAGCCGUCCUUCAAGCGCAGCGAGUCCUUCAAAAGGAUAUCGAUAAGAAAAAGUUAUCUGGACCGGGGCAAGAGACGUAACAAGCUUCAGAAGAACCUGGAGCCGACGGUCGCUCCUGCCAUCGAUUCCAACCUGAACGAGAAGAAGCCUAUCGAGAAGCAGAUGGUGAUAAAGGAGCAGAAAGCGAAAAAGCUUCAGGACGACACUCUGAGCCGCGAGUCGAUAAGCUACGACGAAUGGUUGCAAGGCGUUAGCUCGUCCUCGCGCGAGAAACUGGACGAGGUGCACCGGGAACAGCAGCAGAACAAGCAGAACAAGCAACACGCUCUUGGAAAGAACAAUAUUUACAAGUUCCAAAAGCAGAACGACGCUGACCACGUGGCCGAGGAUCUAAAGGUUCUCGAGUUGGACGCGUCGCCGGUGUUACCCUCGAAGCCGUUUCGCGUCUCCGGCGAGACGAUCCAGGAGAAGAACAGCCAGCAGCAGGAUAUCCUGCAGGUCCAGGAGCCAUCCGUCGAAGGACCUCCCAGCGUCAGCAUCAAUCUCGGUAGAAUAUGGAGGGACGCGGUACCGAUGCCCUUUCCUUCCUCCUCGGGACCAUCGGCCCACCAUUCCCUGGACAGCGCUCUGAAGGAGAGAAAACCUCAGCCUACCGUGGCGAGGACGGUCUCCGCUCCGGAGAAGAGCAUCGCCGGCAAAGACGUCUCCUCGGCGUUCGGUUUUUCUCUGAGGAUCGCCAAGCUGGCCGAUUUUCGUGCAGGGGGUACGAGGAAUGGUUUCUUUAACCGAAGAUCGAACAAGCCGUCGCCCAGCGUGAGUGCCGAGGGUUACUUCAAGAGGACGAACGCCUCGAGGCGGUCCAGUUCCCGACGUCGUGGACGGCGAACAUCCCAGAGGACGAAGAAGCCUCAGGUUCAGUCGCAGCCGGUGCGAUCGAACAGUCCCGUGUGGUUCGUUCCGCCGGAAAGGCGGCGUUCGAGGCGUCAGAGACGUGUCUGGCGAGAGAUCAGAUACUUCCCCGAGACCGAGAUCCCGAUGAUCGAGAGAGUCGACGAUUGUUCGUCGAAUCUGUCAGACGAUCAGUUCGACGACCUGAAGUUGUUGCUUUCGGGGGACUUCAACGACAGACGAGAGGGAGGCUUGAAUUCGCUGGUCUCGUCCUCGUUGGGUUCCUUCUCCGCGACAUCCUCCUCGUCGUCGGCUUGUCGUGGACCGAAGAUCAGCGACUUCAACGAAGACAAACUAUUCUCCGAGGAAUUACGAACCAGCGGUGUCCUCGCGCGGAGAACCACAUGGCGGCCCAUGACUUCCAACUACUUCGCCAGCAACCAGUUUCUCAGCUUUCUGUCCAAGGGUUCGAGCAACCUUAUCGGCAAAGAGAAGACGAGGACCGACUCGUCGAUGUACUACAGGUGUCUCUCGUCUACCGACAGCGAAACCGAGGACGAGCCCAAUCAUCUCGGUCUCGAGCGCAGGAAGAGCUCUCACGCGAUGCAUAGGCAGCAACACUUGAAGAGGCAAAGGUCGGGACUCAGAAGAAGGCCUCUCAGGCGAAAAUCUCAGCUCCGAAAAGCUUCCGGCCAGCCGGUCUUCCUCGUGCGAAAGUGCUCGUCCUUGAGGAAAAGACCCAGGGACAUUACGCAAAAGGGCUACGAAAAGAAACGGACACGUCUACUUCAGCAGUAUGCCUCGAAACAGCUGGGGGCUGGAAAGGAUGGAGGAGGUGUCGGCGUCCUCGGUAUCGGAGGGGUCGAGAGAACGGGUUAUGGAAGCGGUGGUGGUGGUGGUGGUGGUGUCGGUGGGGGCGUUGGCGUCGGCGUCGGCAUCGGUGUCGGUGGCCGACCACAGCCACGUGCACGCCGCACGCAACGCCGUGUCACGCACAACGAGAAGCGCUAUCAUUCAGGAGGCCGGCUAGUACCUGGCGGGAUCGCCAGUCCCCCGGGAUCUGGCGGCUCCACCGGAAACACCGGGAAUUCGAACUCGGCGGCUGCGAGACGCGGCAAUCGCAGACUCACGCGCAAUGAGAGCCGCUAUCAUUCCGAGGUGCGCCAAGAGGCGGUGCAACAAGCUUUGGCAGCGAUGCAGGGUCGUCCGAAGCCAUCGUUGCCGAUGCCGUCGAAGAGAACCUCCGUGAUGGCUAGGAGUCCCGACCGGGAGCGUCGCGACAGCGGGGAAUCGAGUAGCGACGAAGACAGCGUGGUGACCGAAGAGAGUCCCGGUGCUGGUGGUCCAACGGGCACAGGACUGUCGGAUACCAGCAGCACCGGUUCCGCGCGAGACACGCCUCCGCCUCCGAGACCACCGGCUAGGAGACCUCCUGGUGCGGACAUCACCGACAUCGCGGAAUACACGCCCCAUGCGUACUGCAACAUCCAGCCCCCGGACGUGACGCACACCAGCAACACACCGGCUGCACAGCAGUCGACCAGGCGACCGGGCGCCGAUCGAGUCAAUCGUUACCAUGUCGUCGAGGAUCAGAACAAUACCGGGACUACUGGCCGCUGGAAAGUCUCGGCCAAGAUUCAACAGUUGCUCAAUACCCUGAAACGACCGAAACGGCGACCGUUGCCCGAAUUCUACGAGGACGAUGACAUCGAGCUCGAAAUCGCGGCCAAUCCCAAAGACCCGAACGCUCCGAAACCCGAGGGCGGUUCUAUGACCUCCGCGGUCGGUGAACCAUUAUCGGUUGCCGCAGGCUUGCCCAGGUCACUCGAGGCCGCCAUACAGAGGUAUGGUUCGGCGUCGUAUAAAGCGCCGGUGGCCACCGUUCUCGAUCCAAACGGCAAGCUUUGCGUAACUCUCACCUAUGGAAAACUUCUAAGUCGUUCUCACAAAAUAGCCUACACGCUGUUGAACAAGGCUCUAAGCCGUGGCGGUGAUUGCUGUCUGAAACCGGGCGAUCGAAUCGCCUUGGUUUAUCCAAACAACGACCCGAUAAGCUUCAUGUGCGCCUUCUAUGGUUGCCUUCAGGCUGGCAUUGUACCUGUGCCAAUCGAGGUCCCUCUCACCCGCCGAGACGCGGGCUCGCAGCAGAUCGGUUUUCUUUUGGGUAGCUGUGGAAUUCAGGUGGCAUUGACCAGCGAAGCUUGUCUCAAAGGUCUGCCAAAGACAGCAGCCGGCGAGGUGGUGGCGUUCAAGGGUUGGCCGAAGCUUCACUGGUUCGUCACGGAGCAUUUGGGCAAAACGCCGAAAGAUUGGUUGCCACCGCCUCGAUUGACCGACGACACGCCGGCUUACAUCGAGUACACCACGGACAAGGAUGGCUCGGUGAUGGGAGUGACGGUGACAAGAUCGGCGAUGCUGGCACAUUGUCGAGCUCUCACGCAAGCCUGCGGCUACACGGAGGGAGAGAACGCCGUGUGCGUUUUGGACUUCAAACGAGAGGUCGGUCUGUGGCACAGCACCCUAACCAGCGUUCUAAAUGGGAUGCACGUGAUUUUUAUUCCCUACGCUCUGAUGAAAGUAAAUCCCGCGAGUUGGAUGCAAAUGAUCACCAAGCAUCGCGCCAGCGUGGCCGUGGUAAAAUCGCGGGACCUCCACUGGGGUCUCUUGGCCACGAAAGAUCACAAGGAUAUCUCGCUGUCGUCGCUCAGGUUGCUGUUGGUCGCGGACGGUGCCAAUCCCUGGUCUCUUUCAUCCUGCGACCAAUUUCUCUCGGUAUUCCAGUCGAAAGGUCUCCGACCCGACGCUGUUUGCCCGUGUGCAUCUUCCAGCGAGGCUCUCACCGUGUCUGUCAGGAGACCAGGUCGUGCCGGGGUAAACGCCACUGGACGAGGCGUCCUCUCUAUGUCCGGGCUGAGCUACGGAGUUGUCAGAGUGGAUCAAGAGAACUCUCUCACCUCGCUGACGCUUCAGGAUUGCGGUCAAGUUAUGCCAGGAAGUAUCGUGGUCGUGAUCAAAAUGGAAGGUCAACCGUUCAUCUGCAAAACCGACGAAGUAGGCGAGAUCUGUGUGCACAGUUCGGCGACUGGAAACCAAUACUGGGGAUUACAAGGACUCACGAACAAUACGUUCAAAGUUUCGCCGCUCCAAGCCGAUGGAAGUCCUCUCGGUGACGUGGAAUACACCCGUUCUGGUUUAUUGGGUUUCUUGGGUCCUGGUGGUCUCGUCUUCGUUUGCGGAUCACGCGACGGUCUUAUGACAGUCACCGGAAGAAAGCACAACGCAGACGAUAUUAUCGCUACGGUGUUAGCCGUCGAACCUAUGAAGUUCAUUUACCGUGGUAGAAUAGCCGUUUUCAGUGUACGCGUCCUCAGGGAUGAACGAAUAUGCGUCGUUGCUGAACAACGACCCGAUUGCAGCGAAGAGGAAAGCUUCCAAUGGAUGUCGCGCGUCCUUCAGGCAGUAGACUCCAUUCACGCUGUCGGGAUAUACUGUCUGGCGUUGGUCCCGCCGAAUUACCUUCCGAAAACACCGCUGGGCGGUAUUCAUCUGUCGGAAACGAAGCGACGUUUCCUAGAGGGUACUCUACACCCGGCUAAUGUUCUUCUUUGUCCACACACUUGCGUUACCAAUCUACCGAAACCACGCGAAGUCCAUUCAGCGGGGGAUUCUGUUGCAGACGUUGGUCCGGCCAGUGUCAUGGUGGGCAACAUUGUUCAGGGUAAUAGACUGGCUUCGGCUCAAGGACGAGACAUGGGUGUCUUGGACGAGGACAGUGAUAACGCUAAAAAGUAUCAGUUCAUCUCGGAAAUACUUCGAUGGCGUGCUGUCAGUACCUCCGAUCAUGUGAUCUUCACGUCGCUAAAUGCGAAAGGAGCGGUGGCAACUUCCUUGUCGUGCUCGCAAUUGCACAAGAAAGCCGAGCGAAUCGGGAAUCUGUUGUUGGAUCGUGGAAGAAUCAAUACCGGAGACCACGUGGCAUUAAUAUUUCCUCCUGGUACAGACUUGAUAUGUGCAUUUUAUGGUUGCCUCUAUGUUGGCGCCGUGCCAGUCACAAUUAGGCCACCUCAUCCGCAAAACCUCCAAACCACUUUACCAACCGUUCGCAUGAUCGUGGACGUCAGUAAGUCUGUGCUCGUGCUCACGAAUCAAAAUAUCCUGAAACUGUUGAAAACGAAGGAAGCGAACAAUGUCGUCGACAUUAAGAGUUGGCCGACGAUUCUCGAUAUGGACGACAUGCCAAAGAAGAAGCUGCCGGUUAUGUACCGAGCACCCACAGCUGAGAUGCUGGCUUAUCUAGACUUUAGCGUCUCGACAACGGGAAUGCUUGCAGGAAUUAAGAUGUCUCAUGCAGCCGUGACGUCUCUUUGCCGUGCCAUGAAACUUGCGUGCGAAUUGUAUCCGUCCAGGCACAUCGCUCUGUGCUUGGACCCCUAUUCUGGAUUAGGAUUCGCUCUUUGGUGUUUGAGCAGUAUAUACAGCGGUCAUCAUUCCAUACUUAUACCACCGUCGGAGGUGGAAGCUAAUCCAGCAUUGUGGUUGUCAGCGGUUAGUCAGUCCAGAGUAAGAGACACGUUUUGUUCUUACGGUGUGAUGGAGCUGUGCACAAAGGGUCUCGGUUCUUCUGUUCACGCUCUGAAGGCAAGAGGUGUUAGUUUGGCUUGUGUCAGAACGUGCGUCGUUGUUGCCGAAGAAAGACCGCGUAUCGCACUUACCACGAGCUUCAGUAAACUCUUCUCCGCUUUGGGUCUGAGUCCACGUGCUGUCUCCACAUCUUUCGGGUGCAGAGUAAACACGGCUAUCUGCUUACAGGGUGCAUCGAGUCCAGAGCCUUCUACGGUAUACGUUGAUCUCCGCGCGUUGCGCAAUGACCGAGUAUCUUUAGUCGAAAGAGGUAGUCCACACUCUUUGUGCCUGAUGGAGUCAGGCAAAUUACUGCCUGGAGUGAAAGUGAUCAUUGCCAAUCCGGAGACGAAAGGACAAUGCGGAGAUUCUCAUUUAGGUGAAAUUUGGGUGCAAUCUGCUCACAAUGCCAGCGGUUAUUUCACGAUAUACGGCGAUGAGAGCGACUACGCGGAUCACUUCAACGCACGCCUCGUAACAGGAAACACGAAUGAGGUUUACGCUAGAACUGGUUAUCUCGGUUUCUUGAGACGUACCGAAAGCGUUCAACAAUCGGUUAUCAGUGACAUUCCCGGUGACACUUCUGCUGAAGCGGAUCUCGUUCCUGGCGACUCUGAAUUACACGAUGCCGUAUUCGUAGUUGGCGCGCUCGAUGAAGCUAUUUUACUUAGAGGAAUGCGAUAUCACCCGAUCGAUAUUGAGAAUAGCGUGAUGAGGUGUCAUAAGAAAAUAGCAGAAUGUGCCGUAUUUACAUGGACCAACCUCCUAGUAGUAGUGGUGGAGCUUGAUGGAAGUGAAAGCGAAGCCUUAGAUCUCGUGGCAUUGGUUACCAGCGCUGUUUUAGAAGAACACCAUCUGGUAGUCGGUGUGGUGGUCGUAGUGGAUCCCGGAGUAGUUCCAAUAAAUUCACGUGGCGAAAAGCAACGAAUGCACUUGCGUGACGGUUUCUUAGCAGACCAACUUGACCCGAUUUAUGUGGCGUAUAAUAUGUGAACGAUAUCGGAAGACGUAGAAAAUGUAUUACACACUGAACAACAGGAGACUGGUAUCGUACUUUCCAGUCAUGUCUCUACUCGAAUGUCGACGUAUAGGUACUUUCGACUUGAAGGCACAAGCUGCAUUUCAAAUUUUUAUCCUUUCUCAAGGAAAACGAUCUCUUUGCGGAGGAGUUGGAAUAUAUUACGUGGACUUAACGUAUUUUUAAAGCGAACGUCGUCCCUAAACAAUUUAUAUUCUUCUUUUAAAAGAAGAACGCAUAUAUUCGAAUUUUUUAUCUCGUUAAUGUAUUAAGAGGAGUAAGAAAGGUUGUCGAACUUUGAAAUUUCCAACCGCUCGGUUACCAACACUUACCACAAAUGGCAGAAAGUAUUGCUUUCCGCGUUAGAAGUAGUUAGUACGAACAACCAUUAGACAUGUAAUCGAGAGACAGGGACGAUAUAAAAGAAUCGCUAUAUAAUGAAAUUUUCACAAAGAACUGAUUCAUGGAAAGACACGAACGAAGAAUUCUACCUAAAACGAUGAAAAACCUUGGAACGAUACGAUAAAAACAUUAUAUAUCGUUUAGAAGGUCGACACGAGUUACGUAAUUGUACGUAUAGUAUCAACGAUUCUCAACCCUCAGCGAAGAAAAAGAAGAAAAAAAGAAAAAGAAAAUUGCGCAAAGGUAAACUUGAACAUCUUCGAACUUCAGACUGCCACGGAUAAGUAUGUACAGCUCAGACAUGACUCAGCUGUUUUCGCAAAAAUCGUGCUUUUAUACAUUGUAUUACCUGAAUGUUAAAGUGACGGAUAGUACCAUUCAUUAUUUAUCAAUGACAUCAGAACGGUAGUGAGCUUUUUUACAAGAGGAAAAUCGAAGAAGUUAUUUUAGACAAAGACAUAACUUUAACAGGCGAGUUUCAUCGAGGAAUCUAUUAAAAAGUGGACAAUUAUUCCGCAAACUACGUACAGGUAUAUACAACAAUAUCUGAUGUCUAUUAGAAGAAGUAAAAGAAUUUGAUACACUUUAUCGUAGACUCGUGUAGCUUAACGAUUUUUUACUAAAAGUAACGAUUAGCUAACGUAAUCAUACUAUUGUAACGUAACAAAUUUUAACUGUCGACAUUUUUCUAAUAUAUUGUUGCUGAGAGGCAUAUACAGUUCGCUAUCGCUCUGACUUUCUAAUUUUAUUCAAUUUCGUUCCGAACAGUUUCUACGUUAUUGGUAUCGUACAACGAUUUUGAUGUAAAUCGAUUUGGAAACAUGACCGAGUGGUUUCAGAUCGGUACGGACUUUGAUCAUAUUUAGCUGCGUUGCGCACAACACCGCACUUUUAUACGUUAGAGUAUUUUUAUUAUAUUCUGCAGCACGCAAUAAUCCUGGAACACAGUGUUAUAUUUCUUCGAAGACCGUAUUUUCUUUUCACACAAACGUCCGUUAUACGUUUACUUUAUUUUCGUUACGCGAAAAAGCAACGUAUACGCGUAUUUUAAACUUUGUCAAGUUAGAUGAUUUAUUGCGUGCUGGGAGGGUACACUUUGAAAACCAUCCAAAAAACCCGAUCACAUGGCCAAUUUUUCCAUAAAAAAGAAAACACGACUAAGAUGACAUUAAGGCAAAUUCGUAUCUCAGGGUUUUAGGUCAUUUGUGACAGAUGGUAAUAUCAAAAGAAGCUAUUUAGGAAUAACUCCUUUUGGAUAACAUUUGAAAACAAAAGCAAUGGUAGCACAAAAGAUUCGAGUAAAAGUGCAGUCGAAGUAGCUAGUGUCGAUACGUCUCACUUUGCAAUUUUUGACUUUAGUCAAUAUGGAAAAGUUACCCUCGAACUAUAAAUAUCGGUGAACAUAUGCGCCAAAAAUUUAUACUAACUUUUCUCCUUUUCUUCAUACCUUUUUAAUGC